AUGUGGCCUUUCAAAAAACACAGUGACGUCUCUUGGUGGAACAGGAAGACCAUCUUCACGCCGCUUACUGGGCAAAAUGCAAUCCGACUCCUGGAGCUGCUUCCGGGGAACGGCGAUGAUUCGAAUGCUAUAUCGUAUACAUGGGGUACGGAUACCUCCACAGCCAAGAUCUUGGUCAACGGCCGCGAAGUACAGAUCCUAUCUAUGGCAGUAAGGAUGAUGCAAGAGCUCCGUCACCAGACCGACACUCAAACGCUUUGGAUUGAUACUAUCUGUAUCAAUCAGUGCGAUAUAGCAGAACGCAGUUCACAAGUACAGAAAGUGGGUGACAUUUUCUCAACCGCUGUGCGCGUAAUCUGUUGGUUGGAGGAUAUCAAAAACGUAUCUCCCGAAUUCAAGGUUUCCGAUGUUUUUGAUAUCGUCGUCAAACGCCGUCCACCUAAUGAGGCGGCGGUCAUCACGUUCUUCAACCACAGAUAUUGGAGAAGGCGAUGGAUCAUUCAAGAGGUCGCACUGUCACAGUCCGCCCUCAUAAAAUGUGGACCUCAUGUUCUUCCAUUGGCCUGUGUUUCUGAGAUUGUCGAGUUAUGCCGAGGCAUACCUAGUUGUCAGAGGUUUUCAGACAGCCUUGCCAUGCGUCUGUAUCAUCUUCAAAGGUCGAGUCCACGGAGGGAGAUAACCCUUACACAAUUGCUGAGAGACUAUGCAAACACGAACUGCCAGGAUGUGCGGGACACAGUCUUCGCUUUAGUGUCUUUGUCGCAAACUGCGCGCCAACACUUCACCGUGGACUACACAUACGAUGAAGCUGAUCUUCUUCUUGCGACCAUAGAAUUCUGUUACUUCUACGACUGGGAACGGCAUAUCAUUCCAUUGGCGCUUUCACUCGCCAAAGGACUUAAGCUCCACCCCGGGAAGCUCGAUUUGAAGGACGGUAGAAGAUAUCGAAACCCUCAACCCGUGGUUAUCAAAAGCUCUUUCCACACAAGGGGUGAAGCUAUUGAGAGUGUCAUAACUCCAGAUCUCUACAAUGCCCGGGGGCCCUAG